AUUGAGAUAAGGCCGUGUUUUGAUUAUAUCAGCGUGUUAUUAAAUUGGCAAAUACUACAGUCUUGUUUUUGCGUUCAAAUACUCAAUACAUUUGAGUUGUAGUUUUGUUGUGGAGAACACAUAAUUUGCGUUUUAUAAAUAUGCCCUUCGAGAGACCAGCGAGUUUACCAAUCGGACAGGUCUGGAGCAGAUUUAAAGGAAGAGAAAGAGAUGGAAAACCAGCACACAUGUACCAAAUACGAGACAUGGAUGAGAGCACAAGAAAAAUUUGCUUAGACAUGAUGCAGGAAACAUUCAUUAGGGACGAACCACUUUGUCAAAUAUUAGGUAUAAACAACGACCCGGUUUCCAUAGCAACCAUCAGAGCGAAUUGGGAGAAGUACGUUUCUGGGAACACAAGCCUAGCUUGUUUCACGGAGGUGGAUGGACAGCCUAAGGACCUGGUCGGCUUCAACAUCGUCCUGGUGAAGAGUAAGGAUGAUGAGGAAGAGGAUUUUGAUAAGGUUCAAGGAGAAGCCUGGAAGAAGCUACUCCGGACUCUGAUCACAGCUGAGGAGUCGUUCGACGUGUUCCAGCACUACCAGGUGGAUAAAUACCUGACUUCCAGCGGACUGACCGUUUUACCUGAACAUAGGGGACAGAAUAUUGGUGCUAAGCUGUUUGAAGCUAGGGUGCCUCUAGGCAAAGCCCUAGGCAUAGAAGCUACAGCAACAGUCUUCACAGCAACGGCCUCCCAAGUGCUAGCAGCCAAAUGUGGCUACGAGGUCCUGGCAGAACUCGACUAUGCAGAAAUGAAGAAAUAUGGCAUCGACCUGAGCGGAUGCCCUACCCCAUCCGCUAAACUAAUGGGGUAUAAGUUUAAAUAGAAUUAUAUUAUUUGUAUAUUUUAAUAGUUAAUGGUUUUUU